ACACUUGUGGACAAAAAUCAUCCUCACCCACCAUUGGCCCAGCACUUUUUGUGGCAUGGAGCACUGCCAUAAUAAUAUUAGCUUCUGGACACUACAUGGGCUCUGGGAGCUUCUCUGGAAUAUCCUCCUGAAGUUCGGCUGCCCACAGAAGUUUGUCAACAUCCUAAGGCAAUUCCAUGAAGGGAUGAUGUCACGUGUGACUAUUGGCGGCCAGGAAUCAGAACCCUUUAAGGUGUGCACCGGUGUACGCCAGGGAUGUGUUCUUGCUCCAGUCUUGUUUAAUAUCUUCCUCCUGUGUGUGACACUGCUGCUUCAUGAGAGGAUCAAGAAGGGCAGUGGCGUUACCGUCGACUUCCGACUUGACGGGAACCUGUUUAACAUCCGGAGGCUCCAAGCAGUCACAAAAGUCACACCAGUGCAAGUCAUCGAACUCCAAUACGCAGAUGACUGCGCAGUUGUGGCCCACACACCGGAGGCGCUGCAAGCUACCCUCUCAGCCGCUGCAAGUGCUUAUGGCAGACUGGGCCUCUCUGUCAACGUGGCAAAAACCGAGGCCUGAUAAAGGGAAUCUUUGCAAUUCAUCAUGGCAUUUCAAUUCUUCUGAAAUAGAGGACUUGCUCCCAGACAUGGAGAAGAGUUGGCCUGACUUACUAAAGCCUACAUCAUUUGCAUUUUGGAAGUAUGAGUGGUCCAAACAUGGCACUUGUGCUGCUAAAGCACCCUCUCUUGAUAGUCAACAUAAAUACUUCAGCAAGGCAUUGGAACUGUACCAUAAAUUGGACUUGACUAGCAUCCUUCAGAAAUUUGAUAUUAUUCCAUCUGAAAACUACUACAAAUUUUCCCAAAUUGAAGGUGUCAUAGAGAACUUCUACGGUGUUAAACCGAAGAUCCAGUGUGUGCACCCUUCAAAGAAUUCCGAUGCUCAGACUUUGGGUCAGAUCGAGAUUUGUUUCAACUCUGACUUCUCGCUCGUGGAUUGUGAAAAACUCCCACUUGAAGACCAGAGUUUUUCCAAAGCAUCUAUUUUCAGUGUCUGUGAACAGGACAUCCCAGUUUACUACCCACCUCUUCGAAACAUACUGUAGUGUUACUCAUUUCGGCAGCAGUCUAAUGUUAUAACAGUCACCAAUGUGGUUAGCUAGCACUUUGUAUUCACGGGAGGAAAUAAACAAACCGCCAUUAUUUCUUUGGUCCAGGAACUUACUGCACCGUUUAUUCUGCGCAUGCUCACAAUACCAUUUCAGUGCACGCAGGCACAUGACAUCACUGCGUAAGAUAUUAAACAUGGCUUUGCUAUUUAUAUUAUUAAAUGUCCUUAACACACAAACAAAAAAACACUAGUGUUUACAGUUGCACGCUAAUUCUACACUCUUGGGAACCAAUGCCUCUUUGUUUACCGAUCAACUGUACUGUAAAUUUGAUCUUGCUAUAAAUUUCACAAUGUCUUCUUAAUAAGUCUACUGGUGUUGUUUGAGUGCUGUGUAAUUGGAUAUGAUGAGCUUUGGAAUGUAUUGCCUUUACUAAAUGACAUUAAAAUAUUUUAAACUCAGUGUGUG